AUGGCCUUAUCUGUUGAGACGCGCGUGGGCGGGGUUCCAACCCCGUCUACCGCAGGCAGGGGUGCCACCUGCGGUGCCAACAGAGUUGUCACCGCAGGCACCGCUGUUUUAGUUGGCGAGUCCACUUCGAAGCGCCGGCACGAUCUGUGUAGAAAAGCUGGAAUUUUUGUUCAUUUCAGAAUUGAAGAAUUUGAUAGGAUCUGGCGCUAUGUAAUACCCGAUGAUUAUGAUAAAUAUGAUCCUCCUCGUGUUGAAGGAAAACCUGUUACUGUUUACUUAAAUCUCGAGAUAUUUGAUAUCGAUGAUAUAACAGAAACGACAAUGGAUUUCCGAAUGCACUUGUUUCAAACAGAACGAUGGAAGGAUCCCAGACUGAGACUCGAAAUGUUGAACAUAACGAAUUAUAAAGUACUUCAUCCGAAAGCUGCAAAAUCUAUCUGGAUACCAGAUUUGGUUUUUGACAAUAGCAAAUGGGGGCAACUUUUCCAGUUUUCAAUUCCGAAUACAGCAAUCAAGAUAUAUCAAGACAAUACUAUUAGAAAGUUAUCUAGAUACAGUUUUCGAGUGUCAUGUCCCAUGAAACUUCAUUAUUAUCCAUUUGAUAUUCAGCAUUGUGUUUUCAAAAUAUGUUUUCUAACCAGUUCAAAUGAAAACGCAUUGUUAGAGUGGGCAGGUGUUAAAGAUAGUCCUUAUAAAGAUUAUGGACCGAGUGUUAUUUUUACAGAAGAUAUUCAACCCCUUAAGUAUGAAGUGAAGAUUCCAAAACCUCACAAAGGAACUGAGAUAUAUAUUGGUGGAAGUUUCAGUUACUUGGCUGUACAUUUUACUUUCAUUCGCCGCCUAACCGGCAAUAUAAUUAAUGUUUAUGUACCGAGUAGUUUGGUAGUGGUUCUUUCGUGGUUAUCAUUCUGGUUGGACGUGAAUUCGGUUCCUGCUCGAAUCACACUGGGAGUGACGUCCAUCCUGACACUAAUUACUCAAGUGGUACAAUCCAGAUCGUACAGUCCACCCGUUAACUACGUCAAAGCUUUGGAUAUUUGGUUAUUUACCUGUACCUCAUUUGUAACUGCUUCUUUAAUAGAAUAUGCAUUAGCCCAUCAACUGACAGAGCCUAAUUCACAUAAACGUGAGUCAUCUCCCAGUAAAUCCAGAGAAAAACAAACUGACAAGCGUAGUAAUUCUAAGGAGAAACUAAUUAAAGUUGAAAGCAGAUGGAGAUAUAAGUUUUGUAACACACUGAAACCAGGAAGAUCAGUGAAUAGAUUCGAUUUUUACUCGAGAUUUGUGUUUCCAUUAUUAUUUUUUAUGUUUACUUUGUCUUACUGGUGUUACUUCCUGGGGCUUAGAGAUAAUGCAAUUCAUGAAGAUUAA